AUGACCGAACGAAAGAGCGGUGAUUCUCCACCACAACUAAAUAUCAGGCGCGCCGCCAGAUUAACUUCGAAAUCGUCCAAACCCUUAACUAGUACCGCCACCACGCCGAAAGCCACAGUAGUUGCUCCUAAUGCGAGGAAAGAGGAAGUGCGCCGACGCAAGAAUCCAUUUAAUGAUAUGCUAAGACACAGGGAUGGAGGUGCAGUUGAAGCUUCGACGGAUGCUGUACCUCCAAACAGUAGCAAGGAGCCCAUGAGAGAGACUAGCGGGGUCCAACCAGAAGGACUAGCACAGAGAGUCGCGCAUCUCGAGAGCGAGUUGGCAGCUGCAAAAGAAGAGCAGGGGGCAUUGAGAAAAGAGCUCGAGGAGGAAAGAAGUUAUAGAAAAGCUGACUUGGACAUGAUUGAGGAGUCGAGGCAACGACUUGCUGGAAAAGGCUUGGACGAGGGUUCGUUGCACCAGAAUCACGAAUCUCAUUACAAUCUGGUGGGGCUAGAGGAACAGCUUAUAUCGCGAGAACAUGUGGAUCAUAAUGAUUCUGAAAAACCAAAACCACAGAGGGAAGCGGAUGAUCUCAGAGUGCGUCUACACACUGCAGAAAAGGAAUCAAACGAAAGGCUCCAGCAGCUUUUGUCGCUCAAGUCCAGCAUCUCAUCACUUACUCGAAUGGAAUCACAAAUCACGGACAAUGAGCUUGCAGACUCCUUCACUCAAGUCGCGAACCGUAUCAGAGAAUGGACCGUCUCAAAUUACAGAAGGUCGAAGCCGAGAUUUGACAAUAUCCCUAAAGAGAGCCAUGUUGCAUUCGGGACGAUAUGUCCUCGUUACAGGACUGACAUAAAAACUACCGAUAAACUUACUUUUUACCAAGCCAUCGUCUCAGACUCGUUGAUGAAAGUACUUGAUAGCCCUGUCAUGUUUGGACUACCAAGCACAGGCCCGCUUGCAGCCAUAGUACCGCUGGCCAAACAGAUCCGCGCUACAGUCCAAGCUCUUGAGCGUAGUACAGUAUACGUGGAUAUCGAAAAGGAAAAAGAGGCCGUGCUACACCGUCUCUGCGGGGAAAUUUGCCAUUUACUUUUCACCCUGACGUCAAUCACCAUCACAACAACCGCACAGUCAGCACUGAAGAGCAUCCUCAAAGAUGCUGUAGGUCUACAACGUACCCUCAUUCUUCAACGAGCUCGAUAUGAGUUGCUGUUCUUCCGCAAUCAAGACGAAGUAAUGGAGUUUGACGAUUACACAAUGGAAGCUAUCAACGACCCUGAUCCUUCCGCGGACGAGGAUAGCGAUAUGGACAUGGAUCACACACUCAAGUUUUGCGCAUUCCCUGGUCUAGUCAAAUACGGGGAUGAGCAGGGACAAUAUCCUGAUAUGCGGAAUGUCUUGCUAAAGGCGAGGAAACAAAACCAGGCAAUUGAGGAUGUCAUCGCAACGACACAGAAUGAGGGCGAGCAAAUUGAUGCCAUAGCCAAAAUAAGGGGCUGGUUCCGACCAGGAGAAGAUAGCAUCUUCUACCCGACCAUUCAAGAUUGCCUCAAUGAGAAGAUCGACAAGAACGAAGCAGUCUCCAAGCUCUGCAGUUCCAUUGACGAAAAUAUCAAUGCCGCCAAGCUUGACGAUGUAAACUUCAUGGAUCUUUGGUACAGCAUCAUUCACUCUGCAAAACGCCUCAAAUUUUGCAUGGGCGAUCAUGUCUGCAGCCACGCCAGACUACUCGACCUUCUCAAAGCCUUCAAAUUCCAUUCCAUCCCCAACAAUACGACGUACAAUUACCUCUAUCACGAGAUGAUCGACUUCACCAUGGCCUGUCGUUCGGCCUAUAACGACAGUCCCGUCCCCCACAACGGCUUCAUCGCCGCAGAACGCUCCGCCUGGGCGAACCUAAACUUCUUCUACGCCCGCAUCACGCAAGAGAAGAUCCAAGAUCUGUCCCUCUACGCCAUCUUCGCCCUACGAACAGCCUUGGAAGAACCCCCAACCGACGACGACGACGCAGAAGCGACGCCCGCACAACAAUGCGACACCGACCUGCCCGCGGCCGCAGCAUGGAUCCAAGGCUGCGGCGACGACCUCUUCCGCAAAGAACAAGACCUCACCCCCUCGGACCCCAAACAAGGCAACUCCGCACGCGGCGGCGCCCUCUGGACGGGUACACCGGGCUUCACCAAGGCGCGCUGGGCGCUGUGGAAAGAGCGCUUCGUGACGCUUGCGGAUAUGCCGGAUGUGGAGGAGAGUACGCGGACGGUGGCGAGGGAUGCGGUCGAGGCCAUGGAGAGGAGUGAGACGUAUGCGCAUAUGCGAUGA